AUGAGCCCCGUGGUGGAGUGUAUCAGCCAGUGGAAGUGGAAUUGGUUCGAUCAAGAGCAUCCCAUAACCGAUUUCGAUGUUUUUGAUAAGGCGAGUCGUGGCGUCUUCGGGUCGGUCUUGCUGCUGAGGUUGCUCAAAGGAAGACAGUUAGCUGUGGUUGGUGCGGUGAUAUCCAUUGUGGGCAUUGUCACAACGCCUGUCACCCAGCUUCUCAUCGAGUAUCCAAGUCGUUUGGUAUCUCUACCCCCAGGCCCGGACACCCCAAACGCUACCAUUCCGGCUGUCCAGAACUAUCGCAGCCGUGUUGGUCUGGCUGGGCCACGAUCGCUCGACAUCACCAGCUUUGUUUCGGCCGGCCUUGUGCAUCCGUCAGGUUCACUGAUCAGUGAGGUGGUUCCGGUAUGCCCCAGCGGAACCUGUGAAUUCCCUGAAUUUGAAAGCUUGUCGCUUUGUUCCAAGGUAGCCAACAUUACGGAUCGAAUACGGGUCGGGCAAGUCCCCUUUUCUACCUCCCGUGACUGGACAACUUGGGAUAAUACGAUUGACAAGAACCCCCUCCUGCUUAACGGAACCCUGGCCUACAAUGUGUCCUUCCUUGAUGAGGAAGACGAGUACUUCGUUGCCCCAGUGUCCUUCACAUUGUACAGCUCGCGUCUCGUUCGAUCUAUUGCCUUCGCCGAAGAUAAGACCCUUGCCGCUGCAUGGGUGGCCGGAUACAAGGUUGUGUGGUCUAACGCCGGCAACGUCACAUACACUCACGGCAACUCAACAAGCUCGAACCCUUGGAACUGGCAGGCCUUCGAGAUGGUUUACUACGCCUGCGUCAACAGAUACUCGGUCCGUGUUGACAAUGGAACUGCACGCACAGUGACUCUGUCGUCGCAUGACGUGGUUGGGCCUUCAGACCACGGUGUGAUAGCAAUCAACUGUACGACACCAAGACUGGUCAGUGGAGGGGCACAGAAGACACAGUGUCAGCAGGACGGGAGAAACCCCAACCAAGGGGUGCUCACACUCAAGGGCAGCCUUCCGACAGCUCAGGGUUCAAACUUUACCGCAGAUGUGCGGAGUUUGACACUCCUGGGCCAGGCCAUCACCCAUGAUUCAGCUGGUAUCUGGGCCUGGGAUGGUGGUGCGGUGAAGAUUCUGGUGGGAAAUGUCGCAACCCCAACGCUUGCUGAUGCCGUAUACGGAUACAGAACCGAUGACUUUGGAACAGUCGAAAACCGGUUGCAGACCUGGGAUACCGAAAUCCAACGACAGAGGCUGCAAAAUGUGGCCACCAAUUUGGCGGUAAGCAUAACCAAUGGGUAA